ACGUACGUAAAACUGUCACUAUAACUUUAGUAAUGUAGGUGUGGUGUGUCAACUUUGUGUUACCUGUAGCAACGUCACUCAAGCAUUACAAAGUUUUCAGUCAACAGGGUUAAAAUAUAUAUAGAAAAAGAAAAAAAUUACAGUAAGGCAGUAGAAAGAGAGAGAGGAAGAGGAAGAUAAAUAAACGAAUAAAUAAAUAAAAGAGGAAACCAGCAUUGUUAUCAAUCAACAGCUACUAUUUAAUUUAAAUACAAAUCGCCUGUUCAGCUUAAGUUAGCAACAGUAAAACUAAUACAGAAGGGAAUAAAAUACGUGAAAAUAUGGCGAAGAAAGACAAAACAGGAAAGACAAAAAAAGAGGAACCACUCAAGGAUGGGAACUAUCGUGGACCAGUCACCAACAGGUCAUGUACUGACAUUAUAUGCUGCAUAAUUUUUAUUAUUUUCCUCGUGGCCUUUGCUGGUGUUUCCAUUUUUGCCUAUGUCAAAGGAGACUAUCAGCUUAUACUUUACCCUUUGGACACUAAGAACAAUUUGUGUGGAUUUGGAACUAUGAAACAGAAGCCAUAUCUUCUAUUCUCAGAUAUAACACGGUGUAUGUCACCUGUUGUCUUUCUAAUGGGAUGUGAUACUCCCCAGACAUGUGUCACAAAGUGUCCAAGCAAAACAGAAGCUGCACCAAAACAAUAUUGUGAGGAUCAAGAUAUUCCUGAUUCUGAAUGCCCUCUUUAUGCAAUCCAGUCCAGAGAUCUGUUGAAGAGAUGUGUUCCUGACAUUACUGCAUUUGCUAAAACCCCAAAUAUCUUAGAUAAGGUAAAUGUGACAGAAAAUGAUGUGAUUAGUUCAACAAAAAUAAUGGAAGGUGUAUUUAAAGCAAAGAGCUAUGCAGAACAAAUUAUCAAAGAUGUUAUGACAUCUUGGUGGAUUAUUCUGGUUGCUCUAAUUAUUGCUAUGUUUGUGUCACUACUGUGGAUUUUCUUAAUGAGAUGGGUAGCUGGUAUCAUGGUAUGGUUUGGAGUGAUUGCUUUCUUGGUUUUAUUUGCAGCUGGUUGUGGUGUAUCUGCUUGGAAGUACACUAUUUGGAAGGACUCCGAUGAGCAAAUGACUGUUGGAUUCAACCCACUUUUGUUUACAUUUUCAAAAGCAAAAUUCUAUUUAUGGACAAGUAUCAUUACUGGAGUUAUAUUUGCUAUUUUCUUGCUUAUAUUACUGGUACUCUUUUCUCGCAUUCGGAUUGCAAUAGCAUUGAUCAAAGAAGGAAGCAGAGCUGUUGGCAGUAUCAUGUCUACAUUGUUAUGGCCAAUUAUUCCAUUCAUCUUACAAAUCGGUGUGAUUUUCCUUUGGCUUUCUGUAGCAGUUCAUCUUUAUGCUGUUAAUCGAUCAUCAAAUCUGAAAGUAAAUUCUUCAGAAACUAAUGCUAUCGUAACCCAGAUUGAAUCAUUAUGUUCAGGUCUACCAACAAAUGAAACUAAUGCCUGCAGUGUGAUGAGAAGUAUGGAAUCGUAUACUCUUUAUCUUCAAAUCUAUGCGCUGUUUAUGUUUUUCUGGUUGAUCAAUUUUGUAUCAGCAAUGGGUCAGCUAACUUUGGCUGGGGCAUUUGCAUCUUACUACUGGUCUUUCAAAAAACCUGAUGACAUUCCUAGCCUGCCUCUGCUCAAAUCAUUCUGGAGAUGUUUCAGAUAUCAUUUUGGCUCCUUGGCAUUUGGUUCCCUGCUUAUUGCCAUAGUUCAAAUGAUCCGAGUGCUGCUGGAGUACCUUGACCAUAAAUUAAAGGAUGUUGAAAACCCACUCGCUAAAUUUAUUCUGAAGUGUAUGAAGUGUUGCUUCUGGUGUUUAGAAAAAUUCUUGAAAUUCUUAAACAAGAACGCUUACAUUAUGAUUGCUGUCCAUGGCAAAAACUUUUGUGCAUCUGCAAAAGAUGCUUUUAUGCUAAUACUCGCAAACAUUGCCAGGACUGUUGUGAUUGAUAAAUCUACCAGUUUUGUUCUAUUCCUGAGUCGGCUUGCGAUUGUUUGUGCUAUUGGAUUUGCAUCAUAUGCAGUUUUUGGUCAAAAAAUAAGUCACGGUGCAUCUGAGUACAUUGAUGAGCUAAAGCUCAGCUUCCAUGUGGUUCCAAUUGUGAUCAUUGUUAUUGGUACCUAUAUCAUUACAUCACUGUUCUUCAGUGUUUAUGACAUGGCUGUGGACACCCUGUUUCUGUGUUUCUUGGACGAUCUUAACGUAAAUGACGGAUCUGCUGAAAAACCAUAUUUUAUGUCAAAGCAGCUUAUGUCAAUUUUAGGGAAAAAUAACAAAGACACGGACAAAUGAGCACUUUUAAAACCAUUCUGAAAUGUUUGAAAGCUGUUUUUUUUUUUUCUCCCUAGCAAUGACUUUCUAUAAUCUAUCUUAAGCUUUAUGUACCAUGGUGAUAUAUAAUUAUCUAUUUGAAAAUAAUUAUCCUAAAUAAUAACUACAAAUUUAAUACUUUUUUCUAAUCAUUAUUGAUGUCAUUUAGUAUAUUUUUUUAUUUCACUACAGUUUCUAAUAACAUUCAAAAUUAGAUUUAUUAUGUUUUACUGAUGUUACAGUAAUUAUUAUCUAAAGGUUCUGGUAAUCUACUUAAAGACACAUUACAUUUUUGUCAAUAACUACUGGUAACUCAAGUAUUUUAUACUACAACCAAUAAUACUUUUUGUUUUCUACUUUAUUUUCACCUAAAUAUCUUCAAUGUUCUACCUUUAUGAAUGAUUAAAUUGUGUAAAAAUUACUGUGUAAAACUUAAUGAAUUUACAACAGAGAAUAUGUAGCACCAAAAGUGAUUGUCAGUAAUGAAAAAGUAUUGAGAAUAAUUUAAGUCAAAACAAUGACUCUUUCGUUUGUUUAUGAGUAAAUAAUUACUGGAAAUCAUUUAACUACUUAAGACAUUUAGCUAAACAAAAGUAAACCUCAUGACUUGCUGCAUAAUGUGAUACUGUAUUAUUUGAAAUGUUAACUACUUUAUAAAGACAAAGAUCUAAGAAUUAUUCCCAAAUUUAAUACUUAAAGUUUUGACAAUAUGUUGAAUUUAGUGAGGAUAUUGUAUUAGUUCCAUAUUACAAGGCUGUGAGCUAUAUUAUGAUUGGUAUUUCCUGUCAGUUCUGUCACUACCAUUUUAUAAACUAUCCAGUAUUUAGAAAAAAAAAAGUAAUGAUCUUGAUUUCAUCUGAAUUCACUUGUUGCCUUUGCCAAAAAACUGUUGUUCAACUGAAAAAUUCACUUAACUUUUGUUUAUAAAGUUAUUAUGCAAAAUAUAAAAUGUAUUGUGGUUAUGUGAGGUGUCUUAUUUUCAUGUAAAUGUAGUUUAGCCAAUGAAAUUGGCUAUGGAGACAGCUAAAUUAUGGUCUUAAUGUCUAGUUCCACAAGAUACUUCUUUAAACAUAUAAUGGGACAAAGGAAGAGUGUUGGUUUAAGUGUCAAGUGCUAAGUAUCGUAGUUUACUUAGUGGUCUUGAGUUCAAUCUGUGUAUCAGUCAAACUAAAUACACUCUGGUUCAAACAGAUAAGCUAGUGACCUCAUGAGUAGGAGAACAGCCAAACAGAAUAUCCUUAGGACAAUAGAAUGACACCAAUCUAUCCCUAAAGGGCUCAAAAUUACUAGAACAUUACUGAAUGUAAAAGUCACUUAAAGAAAACCACAGGAAACAGCUAAAAUAUGACUGUAACAGCCAUGAGGGAGGACACUAAUUCAAAUACAUCAGUGCAUAGUAACCCUUGGGGUGUUGGAUAAUCUCCAAAACCUUUAUCUUAAUGUUGCACUGGAGUUUUUUUUCUCUUAGCUAGUAAGAGAUUUGAACUCAGCGGUGCAGAUUAAUAAAGUACUUGCCAAUUAUACAGUGAUCUGUAUACAGAAGGGAACUGUGCUUCUCUGGUGUAUCUAAUUACAGGUAGAUGUACAGUGACUUAAUAGCUUAACAUCUACGCAAAAUUUAUAGUUCAUCACCUGUGAUGAGGAAACAAAUUUACAAUCUUUUCACUUGACUAAGACUCUCAUAAGAGGGAAUGAUCCUUGAUUUUAGUUUUCCCUAAAUCAUUUUAAAAUACAUAACGUUGGGGGUUUGGUGAUAAAAGCAUCUAUGCAAUUGCUCAUCUUACUAUAAAUAGCAAUCAAAUCUCCCUCAAAUCACAUCCUACCAUCUUACAAAAAGGAGAUACUGGACAGUAUAGUCCCUGAUAUACAAAAAAAGAAAAAGAAACUAGUCGGUCAUUGCUGAGAUAUCUUUCAGCAUAGAUCUACUGAAUCAGACUUAUCUGAGGCAAACAACAGCUAAAGAUCCAAGAAUCAGGAACAUUCACACACAU